GUCAGAGGCGAUGGCCCCUGCCCCGGCGGCGGCGUCGGGGGCAGCCAGAGCGGCUCCCACCCUUAUCCUGGUCAAUCCCGUUCCCAGGGCGUGGGGUGGGCCUACCCUGCGCUGGAGGUUACGCAAUGACCCGCAGAGACCCCUCUUCGUGCUGGACGAUGCCGAGGAGUGGGGCAAGUGGUAGGUGGUGCAGGGCGGGCUUGCGAAUGUCCGCGCUGCCCUGUCUUCCGCGAUGGGGAAGCUGGACGACGUCGUUGUCCCUGGUGGCCAGGCCCUCCAGGAAUGCAGCCGGGGGAAGUCCGACUUCCUUCGGCUUGAGCAGGGGCUCUGGGAAUGGUUCUCUACGGAGAGGAAGCGGACUGGGAAGCUGACUGCGCAGGUCGCCGCUGCUCAGCAAGUCAUCGACGACCUGCGCAGGCGUGAGCAGGCGGCGCGGGAGGACGUGCGGCGGGCGGAGGACAAGUUCCAGGCCGUCAUCGAGAAGGCUCGCCUUGAUCUUGAGGAGUUCCAGGCUGCUGCUGAGAAAGCCCACCUUGAUGCCGAGGAGCUCGCACGGCUGAAGGGGGACUAUGAGGCCCUUCAGAAAACCGUCGAGCGUAUCCGACGUGAGCGGCAGAAGGCUUUGCAAGAUCGGGACUUCGAGGCAACUUGGAAGGUCGAGGCUGAGAAGGUAGCGGCCGAGGUCAGGGCGAAGGUCAGUCAGCACCACAUGCAAGUGUAGGGGCUUUAGAACACCGUGGCCUAGGGGCUCGACCGGGAGCGUGAGCUGAAGGCUCGGUCCGAGGAUGAACUCGCCCAGCUGAGGGAGGUUCUCGACGCGGAGCGCGCCGAGCACGAUAACCUGCGGGACGCGGUCCGCGUUGUCUGCGACAGCCUCGGUGUGGUCCAGGGGGAGGGGACGAGUUCGUUGGCAGCUCGUGUCCUUGGGGCGUACCGGCGGGCCCAUGAGAUCUCUCGGGAGGCGCUUCACGUCGGCGUGAGGCGGGCCUUCGGCGUCUUCGGCUUCGACUACUCCGGAAUCAACUUCGCCGGGAUGAGCGGGGUACGCCUCCGGCUACACUGAGGCUGAGCUGUUCGAGAUCGACGCGUCGUAGCUCAACCCAGCGGAGGCCUUAGCGAAGCUUCUGGAGGAUGAGGCCAUCCUGCCGGAGGACCUGGGGACGAGUUAGCUGUAUCGGGCUUAGAUGUCCCAAAAUAUGUAAAUAUGUUAGUCAACUUUGAACUUGCUUUUGUUAUGACACCAGAGGCCUUUUCUAUAGCUUGUUGAAAAAAGUUUUCGAUCCUCUUUCUU